GCCGCCAGCUGGCCGGAAAGCGACGCGAGACUGCUUCGGGGGCUCAGCCGUCGCCGCCUGCACGCAGCCCGGAUUUUGGCCUUUCUGCUGCUUGCGGCCGCUCGGGAUCUUCGGCGCGUUCCUCCACCCCGCUUUCCCUGCAUGGCUCCAAGGACGAGGCGGGCGAGCCCGUUCAUGGCCGGGGCGCCCUGAAGACGGAGGAGGCCGAGCGGAUUAAAGGAGCACCUGGAUGAGCGUUGACUCCGCGUGAACCCUGCCGGCACCACCAGAAUGUUGGCCUGCCUGCAGAGGACCCAGAACCCGCCGAGCCAGCGCCUGGCCUGCCUGAACAAGGCCCUGGAGCCGCGCAAGGGUGAGACGAUGCCCCCCGAGCACUCCCCGCGGUACCCCAGCCCGGCCGAGCUGGACGCCUACGCACAGAAGGUGGCCAACAGCCCCCUCUCCAUCAAGAUCUUCCCCACCAACAUCCGGGUCCCGCAGCACAGGCACCUCAGCCGGACGGUGAACGGGUACGACACGACGGGCCAGCGCUACAGCCCCUACCCCGCGCACGCCGGCAGCUACCAGGGCCUGCUGGCCGUCGUGAAGGCCUCGGGCAAGGGCGGCGUGGUGAAGAGCGCCGAGGGCAAGCGGGCCAAGAUGUCCCCGUCCCACGUGGCGGCCGCCCCUUACCCGCCGACGAGCACUUUAGCCCUGGGGCCCUCCUGCGCGGCCCAGCUGAGCUACCACGGCGCCCCGAAGCAGAUGGAGGCCCCCGUGCCCGCCAGCCUCUCCGUGCCCGCCCCGGGGCUCCCGCACGCCGGCCGGGGCCUGGCGCUGGCCCAGCCCAACCUGCCCUCCAUCCAGAACAUCCUCUUCCAGCUCAAUCAGCAGUGCCAGGCCCAGGCCGGCCCGGGGGGGCCGCCCAGCCCCGCCAAGCACGGCGCGGCCACCGGCUUCGCCGCCAUGGCCACGGUGGGGGCCACGGUGGCCUACGCGGGCGCCGUGCUGCCCGAGUGCCGCAAGGGGGCCGAGCUGGUGGCGGGCGCCAACCUGGCCGCGGGGCUGGGGGGGCCCAAGCCCGGCCUCUACCCCGACGGCAUGGACUACCUGCUCUGGCAGCAGAAGCAGCCGCCGCCGCAGCCGUUGCGGGCCUACAGCGCGGGCAGCGGGGGCGGCGGCGCCGUCAGCAAGUCGCCCGAGGCCUGCGCGGGGCUGCUGCGCGCCUUCCCCGGGGCGGGCACCGGCGACAAGGUGAGCUCGUCGCCCUUGAACUGCGCCGGCAUGCACGGGAACUUCUCGGUGGGGCAGUACUUCGCGCCGCCCUGGAACAGCAUCUUGGUCACCCCGAACAGCGACUGCUACAACCCGCCCGAGCUGGCCCACGGGCCCCGCGAGCCGGGCCCGCACCCCUCCGAGGGGCUGCCCAGCCUGCCCAGCAAGACCCUGUGCAACGCCUCGGUGCUCAGCAGCAGUCUGCAGUCGCUGGAGUACCUCAUCAACGACAUCCGCCCGCCCUGCAUCAAGGAGCAGAUGCUGGGCAAGGGCUACGAGACCGUCUCCGUGCCGCGGCUCCUGGACCACCAGCACGCCCACAUCCGCCUGCCCGUCUACAGAUAAGGGCGCCACCCCCCCCCGCACGGCCGGGGCGGGCCGGGGCACGGGGCGGCACCGGCGAGGGGCUCGGAUCGCGUGGCGCCGGCGUGCCCCGGGCUGCCCGGCACGGGGGGCGCGCCUCUGCCGGCGCAGAAGUCUUGCUCUGGUUUCUGAGAAUGUGAACGGGGAGGUGCUGCCCGGUGUUGCUGCUAACCCAGGGAGAGGCCUUGCGCCGCGAGCGAGCCGGAGCGGAGCUUGGUGGGCGCCGUGUGUGCCUGCCGCCCCGGCUGGAGGCGCCUGUGGGGCAGCCACCCCCUCCUGGGGGAGCCUCUGUCCGGCGUGGGGUUCCCCCGGGAGGCCAAGGCCCCGUGGCUGGGCUGGGGGAUCUGGCCCCCGCCCGCGUGGAUCCAGGUGGCUCGGCGGCGUGGCUUUCCCUGCUUUCUAGUUGAAGUCUGUAACUUGCACUGUCCUGAUUUAAAGCUAAUAAUAGGGGAGAGGAGAGCGUGGAGGCUAUUUAAGGAAGGAAAAGAAAACACUUGAAAACUUGAAGCAACUUUUUCGUUUUAGUUGAGCUCACUGUACAUUUCUGUGUUUGGCUGCUACACAGUGGAUUCCCUCUGCUUUGGCAGAGCCCCGGGUGAUGGUUGCUUUUGGAAUUAAAACCUUAUGUUUUAUUAUUAAUAUUAUUAUUAAUCAUCAUCAUCAUUAUUUUAAUGGCAAUUUCAUGGCCUCUGUGUGUGCGCGAGUGAGUGAGUGUGUGAGAGAAGGCUAGGUAAUUUUGCUAGAGAAGUCUCUCCAAGCUGGCACCAUUCAGAUGUGCUGGACUAAGGUUCCUUUCGUCCACAUCUGGCACGGCCAACAAAAGUGGCUGUCCAGCACGUCUGGGGGCGCCAGGUUGGGGCAAACGGAAAGGUCAUCCUGGGAGGAGACCCGUUUCCCCCUCGCUUCGCCCUUCGGCCGCCCUCCACGGCCCCCACGGCCGUUCCCCACAGCAGCUGGCCGCAGGUGCCGAGCCUGAGAAGGCCGGUAGGUGGGCGGCCGGGAAGGGCGUCUGAUUUACCUCUGAAACGUUACGAGCAGAAGACUUUGUUCUUUUUGGUUCUGUUCUUCAAGGAGCUAAAACCUGGACGGACCCGCGACCUCCCGGUCGGCCGAACGCAACCUCUCUCGCGUGCUUCCCCCCCGUGUGGCCAGUUGUUCUUGGAAUUCAGCUUAGCCCAAAUGCAAACUAGGUUGAACAGACGGGGCGGGGAGGAGGCGGGGGUUUCUGGGGUGCUGGUAGAGAGCGGGAGAUGCGCCGGAGGGGGAGCGCUCAAUCGCUGAUCCGGCCGGUGGAAGCGGGCUGUGCCCAUCACGCCUCGCCCCGCGGUGUGCAGGACGGUGCGGAUCCUGAGACGAAGACGCGUGUCGUGCUCCGCUGUAGCUUUGCUCUGUUCUAGAGACGGUUUCCCGGUGAGGAACGCAGAACCCUCUUGAAUGAGCCUGGUGUUUUCCAAGGGCCCCCCACCCAUUUCAGGAUGUAACGUUUUGCAUACUUUAAUUUUCUCUCUUAAAAAAGCUCUUGAAAACCAUUUCUUUUGCUCUGCUAUUCAGCCCAUGCAAUUAUGCAUUUAAUAGAUUUUAUUCAAGGGAUCUGCUUUGCAGGAAUUACAGAAUUCCCCCUCCCCACUCCUUGAAAAAGAGAGCGAGUGGGGAGCUGGCCCAUCCAUCCGAGUGAUUGUGCUCAGAUAAGAGAGGUACUGUGUCCUUACCCACCUGUUCCAGCACUAAGUGCAUUUACAAGUCUCUGAGAAUGUGUUUUUAUAUGAAAAAGCGACCAUUAUAUUCUACUGUGAGAAGUGCACCCUGCACUAUAUUGUUUUAAAAAUGAGAGAAAACAAAAAGAUAGAAAAAAAACAGCAAACGGUGUCUCUGGAUGUUGUCUUUCUUUUUUCUCUCCCUCUCUCCCCUUUCCCCACCUCACCAAAAAGAAAUUAAACCUGGGCUUUCACUGGA